CGCGUGGCGGUGCUGUGCGGCGGGCGGCGGCGGGCGUGCUCUGCCGGGCUGCGUCCGUGCCCGCCGCCUCCGCAUCCCUCCCUCCCUCCAUCCCUCCAUCCAUCUGUCCAUCCAUCCAUCCAUCCAUCCCUGCUUCCCUCCGUCCCUCCCUGCCUCUGCCCGCUGCCUCCUGCCCGCCCGCCAGGCGUGGGAACUCCAUGGGAGAGACGGGCGCCGGGCGAGGCGCGGGACGCGCUCUGGGCGCGCUCCUGCCGCGCCCCGCCGCCCGCCGCCUCCCCGAGGGCCGCCCGCGCCCCGCCGCCCCCGGCCCCGCCGUCGGUGCCAUGAAGCGGGCGCACCCCGAGUACAGCUCGUCGGACAGCGAGGAGCUGGAUGAGGCCGUCGAGGUGGAGAAGGAGAGCGCGGACGAGAAUGGGAACCUCAGCUCGGCCGCGGGCUCCAUGUCUCCCUCCACCACCUCGCAGAUCCUGGCCAGGAAGAGGCGCCGAGGGAUCAUCGAGAAGCGCCGCCGCGACCGCAUCAACAACAGCCUGUCCGAGCUGAGGAGGCUGGUGCCCAGCGCCUUUGAGAAGCAGGGAUCAGCCAAGCUGGAAAAAGCAGAGAUUCUGCAGAUGACUGUCGAUCACCUGAAAAUGCUGCAUACAGCAGGAGGGAAAGGUUAUUUUGAUGCUCACGCUUUGGCUAUGGACUACCGGAGUCUCGGGUUUCGAGAGUGCCUGGCUGAGGUUGCUCGAUACCUGAGUAUCAUAGAGGGUCUGGAUGCCUCUGACCCCCUGCGGGUGCGGCUCGUGUCUCAUCUCAACAACUACGCCUCUCAGCGGGAGGCGGCGAGCAGUGCUCACGCCGGCAUUGGACACAUUCCUUGGGGCAGCGCCUUUGGACAUCACCCUCACUUACCUCACCCGUUGCUGCUGGCUCAAAACGGGCACGGUAACACCAGUACUACAGGAUCUCCCACAGAACCACAUCACCAGACCAGAAUUGCUGCCCCACAUGCUGAAACUCCCUCACUCAGAGUGCCCCCAAAUGGCAGCGUCGGACCAGUGCUCCCCGUGGUCACAUCUACCACCAAACUGUCUCCUCCUCUUCUCUCCUCCAUGGCAUCUUUGUCUGCGUUCCCCUUCUCGUUUGGCUCCUUUCAUCUGCUGUCCCCCAACGUGCUGAGCCCAUCGACACCAACGCAGUCAGCGGCGCUCAGCAAACCCUACAGACCCUGGGGGACUGAGAUUGGCGCCUUCUGAGGGCUGACUCUUGAGCAAGGGUGGGAAAGCCUAUAGACCUAGCUGAGCUGGGUUGUGCCACCCUUACAGUUGAAGUUCUUAGUAACUGGGACAAAGGUACAGCUUCACCUUAACUGAGUUUGUCUAAAAACUGUCUCAUUGGAUUUUUCUUUUUGUUUUCUACAUUUUUGUAUUAACAGGUUGUUUGUUUGGUUUUUUUUUUUGAUAGUUGCUGAAGUUGUCCAAAAAUAAAAUUACAAUAGUGGUUUGAUAACAUUUGUGUUAGAUCUCUGCUGGGCAUUUCAGUCACUUUUGUAAACAGUUUGUUUCAAAUGUUUCAUUUUUCCUGAGUACAUCAGACUGGCUUUUUAUGAAGAGAUACCACCUAUUAUUGUUAGCGAUGACUUAGUUUUGUUACUAAUUUUUCCAAGAUCAUUCUUCUCAGAAUUUACAAGCUGUGUUUUUGUUAGUAUUUUGACACUGAGAUGUUCUAUAAAGAAUUACUCUUUUUGUAAACUAUAUUUGAGUCGUAUAUUUCUGAGCAAAGCGUUGACAAAUCAGAUGGACCUGCUUGACCAGCUUUAUCUAAGAGCCCAAUUCCUCUUUCUUCUGAAGCCAUUUGGUAUAUUUGACAAUCUUACUCUAGUCCCUAGUAGAUAUUUACUCACUUCUUAGAACCAUUACACUAUUUCUUCCAUCAAAAGGAGCAGUGUGAGUGGGGAGGGCACAAAAGUCAAAUUGCAUGCUGUAUUGGUGGUGGGUUUGGGAAUUAAAGUUGUCACCUGCAGUAAUCUCCCAGCCAGUCACAUGCAUCUUCAUUCCAUAGGGCCAGAUCCUGCUUUGAGUUACAGUGGAGUAAUUGUUCUGCUAGCCUGAAUUCUUGGGUAUCUGAGGUCAGACUCUUCUCUGUCAGCUUCAUAUUUUCAUCUGAAACAGUUGAUGCUGGUAUUUAAGUAGCCAGUGGAAUGGUACAGUGGGAACCUGUUCAGUGCACAGCCUUGUUUAACAGAUGCAUCCUAAGCAGGUGAUGUUUCCAUUGUGCUUUAGGUGCAGUUAAGUGCCACUCUUCAUUUUUUAAGGGUUCUGCUGUGUUCUCGUGUGCCUGAGAGUGUGUGCAUGUACAUAUAUUUUGCUUGAUUUCAUGAGAAUCUUGAUCUGAACAGGUUUAUUGAGUGAGUUCCACUGGAAGGGGUUCGCCUGCUCUUGUAUCUGUGUUGUGGCUAAAUAAAGGAGAAAGAACAAAGUAUUUUAAAU